UACUCCGUACUACGUGCGAUAGAAAAAAAAAUCGGCUAGGGUUUGGCGGUUUGCCAUCGCCCUCCUCUCAGUUCUUCGCUUGACAGAUCCGCUACUCUGCUACUCCGUAAUAACACUCCUGGCCUAUUAUUUUUAAUCACCCUGAAAACUCACAUUAAAAUCCCCGGCCUAUUAUUUUUCUCCGAUCGUUUGUUCCUCGUCUACUCCGUUGCGGGCUCGCCCCUCUAUCUACCUUUACUUGGCGCUUCAGACCUACAGUAAAACACAGAGCACAUCCUCCAAUGUCAAAUUUCCUCCUCUGAAUCCAUUAGAUCGCCAUAGCCUCCUUUAGGGAGUAUAUAUCAGUAUAUCACAACGUGCAGAGACUGAUGGCGAGAGGAUCAGAGGGUGCUGAAACUAUUCUGUCUUGCACUCAAUGUGGGAAACCGGCUCGUCUUCAGUGCCCCAAAUGUAUGGAGUUAAAGCUUCCUCGUGCAGGGGCUUCCUUCUGCACACAGGAAUGUUUUAAGGCUUCCUGGAGCUCCCACAAAGUAGUCCACUUAAAGGCAAAUCGGUCUUCUCUCUCAACUGACACCCCAGUAGAAAAAAGUGGUUCAUCAACUGAUGGAUGGUCAUAUUGCUUGAAGAAAGGGCAGUCUAGAACGACAAAACUUCCUCAUUUUGACUGGACCGGGACACUAAAGCCUUACCCGAUCUCAAAUAAACGUUUUGUUCCUGGUCACAUCGAUCAACCUGAUUGGGCUGUUGAUGGUAUCCCAAAAAUUGAGCCAAACAGUGAUCUACAGCAUGUUGUUGAGAUCAAAACUCCAGAGCAAAUUGAACGAAUGAGAGAAACCUGCCGUAUAGGAAGAGAAGUUUUAGAUGCAGCUGCUCGCAUUAUUCAACCUGGUGUAACCACUGAUGAAAUUGAUGCUGUGGUUCAUGAAGCUACCAUUGCUGCUGGUGCAUAUCCAUCUCCUCUAAACUAUCAUUUUUUCCCCAAAUCAUGCUGCACUUCAGUUAAUGAAGUGAUCUGCCAUGGGAUUCCUGAUGCAAGGAAGCUAGAGGAUGGUGAUAUAGUAAAUGUUGAUGUCACAGUGUGUUAUAAGGGGGUUCAUGGUGAUCUGAAUGAGACAUUCUUUGUUGGUAAUGUUGAUGAAACUUCUCAGCGACUGGUUCAAUGUACAUAUGAAUGCUUGGAGAAAGCUAUAUCAAUUGUUAAACCAGGAACACGUUUUCGGGAAAUAGGAGAGGUCAUUAAUCGACAUGCAACAAUGUCAGGGUUCUCUGUGGUGAAAUCAUAUUGUGGCCAUGGUAUUGGAGAGCUGUUCCACUGUGCACCAAAUAUUCCCCAUUAUGCAAGAAACAAAGCAGUUGGUGUAAUGAAGGCUGGGCAGACCUUUACUAUAGAACCCAUGAUCAAUGCAGGGGUUUGGCGUGACCGGAUGUGGCCUGAUGGAUGGACAGCUGUAACUGCUGAUGGGAAACGCAGUGCCCAGUUUGAACACACGCUGCUGGUGACUGAGACAGGAGUUGAAGUUCUCACGGCUCGACUGCCCUCGUCUCCCAGCGUGUUCCCCUGGCUGAAAUCUGCGACACAUUAGAUGGUCUUUGAACAGUGUCAAACUUGCAGCAUGGCAUUUCUUAUUCAAGGAGACAGUUACAUCCACAUGCCCUCUUCCCUAUAUUAUAUUUUUGAGUGUUGAAAUUUUGGCUUUACAAAAAAAAGUAGUUCAUUAGUAGGAUGUAAGAUUCAGAAUUGAAAUUUUAAGAUAUCCAUUUUAAGAUAUAUAGGUGGUGUACUUUUUUGUGGACGACUGGUUACGACAUAAGAUGUUCGUUUGAGAAAAAUGCCAUAAAGGUUGUGACAAAGGGACACUCUCUUAGAAUAUCCAUUUUUUGGCAUUAAUUUUCAGUUAUGUUGAAUAAAUUGGCGUGGAUCUGGUCCAUUUCUGGUCUUCAAAUAAGCAGAACUCUAACUAGAACCGGUAAUAGAUUAAUAGGUAGUUCAGUUCCGGAACAAUUACAAUGUAUGAAUAUAUGAUUAUG